AUGGUGAAGCUGUACGUGCAGGCGGUGCCCCCGCCGGAUCUGAACAAGAACACCGAGUGGUUCAUGUACCUGGUGGUCUGGACCACCUACAUCUUCAUCCUCUUCGUCUCCUGGGUCCUCAUCCUCUCCAUCUUCGGCUGCACCCCCAGCAUGGCCUGGACGCUCGUCAACCUCGGCCACUUCGCGAUUACAUACCACUUCUUCCACUGGAAGAAGGGAACCCCAUUCGCUGAUGAUCAGGCGAUAUGUAAUAGGUUGACUUGGUGGGAGCAAAUUGACAACGGCAAGCAGCUUACUCGCAACAUAAAAUUUCUUGUUGUGGUUCCUGUAGUCCUCUCAGUGUUAUUCUGUUUCAAUUUUAUUAAUACUGCUUUUGGGAGCUUAUCUAGCAAGGAACAGCACGGCAAGAUUACAAGUGAUGCGUGUGUGAUUUUUGAUGGACAGCAACUAGCAAACUUUGUUGUUUUGCAACUGAAUGAACGCAACUUCAGUUUGUACGUCCCCAGCUUGCUGCUGCGGCGGCUGUCAAUGCCGGUGAGCCUACAACAUCUCCGAUGA